CUCCUGGGCCCGCCCACUCAUGUGGGGACCAAUCAAGUGCGAGGACCAAGUUGUUCAAGAAUGGAGGUCCAGCAACCGAGACUUCAGUGCUCGAACACAUCUGAGGACGGAGAGGCAGGAACAUGCAGCACAUGCCAGAUCUCAAAACGCAGAGCAUGCUGAGACCCCCUCAAGCAGCGGAGGCGUACAUGGCCGGCGGGGCGAAGAUGACCCUGGAGAACGCCGACCUCUGGAAGUCCUUCCACAGCAUCGGCACGGAGAUGAUCAUAACCAAACACGGGCGGAGGAUGUUUCCACACUGCAGCGUCAGCAUAAGCGGCCUCCAGCCUUUCGCCAAUUACAUCGUCAUGGUAGACAUGGUUCCUGUGGACAAGUUCAAAUACAAGUGGAAGAAAGAGCAGUGGGAGUUGGCGGGAGACGCUGAGCCACAGCCACCGUGUCGCACAUACAUGCACCCGGAUUCCCCAGCUUCGGGGAGUCACUGGAUGAAGCAGCCACUGUCCUUUCUCAAGAUGAAGCUCACCAACCACACCCUAGACCAACACGGACAUAUCAUCCUCCAUUCGAUGCACCGCUACUACCCCAGGUUCCACAUCAUCCAGGCAGACAGCCCCUACGCAGUCCGCUGGGUCUCCUACCAGACCUUCUCCUUCACAGAGACCACUUUUACUGCUGUGACUGCUUACCAGAACCCAAAGAUCACAAAGUUGAAGAUCGACCACAACCCCUUCGCCAAAGGCUUCAGAGAGGGAGGAACACACUCACAUGGCAAGAGGUGCCGCUCAGGGAAAAGCCCUCCUGCCAAAAAACCCGCUCUGGACAGGCAAAGGCAGGACCCUUGCACAAGUCCAUCAGGCAUGCAAACGAUGCCCCCGUCCUCCUCCUUCUACGGUGCGAGUCCUUCUGGGGCAGCGAUCAAGAACGAGGCCGUGAGUUACUCACUCAAGUCAGGUCAACUCUCAUCCUGGCCUCUGGAGCACGACCCGACGGAAAGCCUGCACACAGAAGCCCUGGAGCUGCACGAGUACGACUACAGCUGCGAGGAGCAGAUGGUGCCCGUGGUUCAUCAUCCCUACAGAUCCAUGGAAUACCCCAGAGGUCCGUAUCCAGAGCAAGAUGCAGCGCAGCACACUGUCCAGCCCGCUCAUCACCCCCUCACUGCCGUCGACCCGCAGCAACAUGGCUACCCUCACCAUCAUCACCACCAUCACCACGGCAGCACAGCCGACUGGAGCCAGCACCCGCUCUUCUCCUACUCCUGCUGGUGACCCGUUUGGACUGGAACAAUGUCACUGACACGUUCUCACAAGCCGUGUAAAUUGUAAAAAUGUGAAUAACUGAAGUACUGUUGUUUUUUUUUCCUCAAGAGUUUGGCUUUUAUACUAUUAAACUGUUGUGUAUAGUUGUUUAAAAAAAGGUUCAAUCAUUUUGUAUUAGUGAAGCUAUAGAAACUAACUGGUGAUGUGAUAACAUGGUGUUUGUUGACCUUUGUGGAGUUGUUUUAUAGUAGCUACA